ACACCUGGAUAAACAACAGAAACAGCGUUACAUCUGGGCUCGCUCAGAUGUUUGUUGAAGAGAGAAAACGAUCCGACAUCAACAGACCAAACUCAUCACCAAAGACCGGCAUCCUUCCUCUUGUGAGAGUUCCCUCAAACUGUCAGAGAAAUAUCAGCUUGUUGACCUUUGACCCUGAUGGAGACAAGGUUCAAUGCAGAUAUGGAUCAAACAGCAACGAGUGCUACACCUGCACACCUCCGUCUGUCCUCAGUCUCUCAUCGUCUUGUUCUCUAUCAUUCAGUCCAACCAGCAGCAGCAAUGAAGGUUCAUAUGCAGUUCAGCUGAUGAUGGAGGAUUUUCCCAGACAGAUCAUCACUCUGACUCACUACUCUAGUGGAACGACGUCGAAAAGCUCCAGCAGUUCUAUGACCAGAAUCCCCGUCCAGUUUCUUUUCAAAGUGGAUCCUGCAGCUCCGUCCUGCACAGCAGGUGAAUAUCUGCCCAGGUUUCUGCCUCCAACUCCUGAACAUGGAGCUCAGUUCUUCAUAGACGUUAAUGAGAUGAUAGAAAUCAACAUCAGAGCAGAGGCGACUCAGUCUGAGAUCACUGAGCUCCUGUUCAGCGGACCGUUCAACAUGACCAAGAGUUCAUCUGGUUCAGGAUAUUUCACCCUGACAUGGACGCCGUCUUUCAGUCAAUAUGAUGAUGAAGAAAACCAUCCCAUCUGUUUUACUGUCCAGGCAAAGUCAGUAUCUGAUCUGAUCAGAAAUUUCAAAAGUUCUCAUAUUAUCUACUUGA